AUGUCGUGGAGAAACCAAGGAAUCACGGGUUCCAAUAACAUCCCGCUGGGAAGCAGGCGUCGCUUCCCUGGCGAUGAAGGGGAAGAGAUGGAUGGCGCUCGCAGCGUAACACCAACGGCCCCAUCAUCUGUCACCAACGGCGACAGAGACAGAGAGAGAGACAACGGCCCCGUUUACAGCAAUGAUCGCGACGUCAAGCGCGGCCGCAGCCCCGAACGGUCCGAGGAUGGUCCCAAGCGCCGCAAGAAGCGCAACCGUUGGGGUGAAGCGACUGAGAACAAGGCCGCCGGAUUGAUGGGCCUUCCUACCGCCAUCGUCGCCAACAUGACAAGCGAACAAUUGGAGGCCUACACCUUGCAUCUUCGCAUCGAGGAAAUCACCCAGAAGCUCAAGAUUGACGACGUUGUUCCCGCUGAUGGAGACAGAUCGCCCUCUCCUGCUCCCCAGUACGACAACCAUGGUCGUCGUGUCAACACCCGCGAAUACCGUUACCGCAAGAAGCUCGAGGAUGAGCGCCACAAGCUCAUCGAGAAGGCGAUGAAGACGAUCCCUAACUAUCACCCGCCCUCGGACUAUCGUAGACCUACAAAGACCCAGGAGAAGGUCUACGUCCCGGUUAACGACUACCCAGAGAUUAACUUCAUUGGCUUGCUUAUCGGUCCUCGUGGCAAUACACUCAAGAAGAUGGAAACAGAAUCUGGCGCCAAGAUUGCCAUUCGUGGAAAGGGCUCCGUGAAGGAGGGCAAGGGCCGUUCUGACGCUGCCCACUCCAGCAACCAGGAAGAGGACCUGCACUGUCUCAUCAUGGCAGAUACCGAAGAGAAGGUUAACAAAGCCAAAAAGCUGAUUCACAAUAUUAUUGAGACAGCUGCUUCGAUCCCUGAAGGCCAGAACGAGCUCAAGCGUAACCAGCUCCGUGAGCUUGCUGCCCUCAACGGUACCCUGCGUGAUGAUGAGAACCAAGCCUGCCAGAACUGCGGCCAAAUCGGUCAUCGUAAAUAUGAUUGCCCCGAGAAGCAGAACUACACUGCCAACAUUAUCUGCCGUGUCUGCGGUAACGCCGGCCAUAUGGCUAGGGAUUGUCCUGACAGGCAGAGGGGUGCAAGCUGGAGAAACGAUGGUCCCGGUGCUCCCCGUACCGCUGGUCGUAUUGGUAGCAGUGGUGGCGGCGAUGCCGUGGACCGCGAGUACGAGCAACUCAUGCAAGAACUCGGCGGUACCGGUGCUGCUCCUGCUCGUAUCGAAGCUGGCCCUGGCUCUUUCAGCAAUGGUGGUGCUGGCGGUGGCGGCGGCGGCAGCGGCGAUGCCAAGCCCUGGCAACGCGGACCUACUGGCGGCCCUGCUCCCUGGCGUACUCGCAACUCGGAUCGGGAUCACGAAGGUGGCCCCGGUGGCCCUGGUGGCCCUCCCAGCGGACCCUCUGGUGGCCCCGCUCCUUGGGCUCGUGACCGUGGCGAGCGCAGACAUGAUGAUCGCGAUCGCGAUAGAGGAGAUAGCUACUACGGCGGUGAUCGCAGGCAUGACGACUACGGCAGAGGCCCCUCGGGUGGUGGUGGCGGCGGCGGCCCUGCCCCUUGGCAUCAACCUCCCCCUGGAGCCCCGUCUGCCCCAGCGAUUCCCGCAGCUCCGGCCUAUCCUGGUGCUUAUGGUGGUUAUCCCGGCUAUGGUGCUCCUCCCGGUAUGGGCGCUGCCCCGCCUCCCGGAUUGCCUCCUCCGCCUCCUGGAGCUCCUCCCGGCCUGUCUGGACCGCUUAACGCCCUCAUCCAGCAAUAUGCCAACGCGGCUCCUCCCCCGCCCCCUCCGGCAGCUGAGGCACCCCCUCCGCCUCCCAUGGACCUCCCUCCUCCCCCUCCCGGCGCUUGA